AUACGGAAUAAAUUAUAUAUUUUUUAAAAUGAAGGAAAUAAAAUAUACACAUAAUUGCGUCGACCAACAGUAUAAGCAAGUUACUCUUACAAUAAACGAACUAAAAUAAUGAAAAAUGAAUUUAUAAUAAGAAAUUGUAACGAAAAGAAAUUAUAUUUAAAAUACUUCUUAAAACUACAACUUUGUUAUAAAAUAAAUAAAACUACUCUAAUCGUUUAAACAGGAGUUUUUAUUAUUUCGAAUAUAUUAAUUAAAAUUUUCUCCACAUUACACGCGGCCGGGUGAAAAGCUUUCUGAGUUCAGAAUUUAAUAAUUGAUAAAAAAAAUUUAAAUAUAGCUUCGGACUCAACAACUCCAAAAAUUCGUAGAUACACUAAAACGUCAAUCGAGAACAGACGAAUGUGUAGUGCUGUUCUCGAUUGACGCGAUUUUUAUCGCUCGAAAAUAAAAACACUCAGGGCCGUAUGAAGAGCCUUACGCAACAAUGUGAAUUUUAUCUAGGGGAUUUUCACUAGUAAGGCACUGAAUACACCUUAAAUUUAAAAAUCACAAGUACGACACUGGCGUCAGUCAUAACCUAAAUUCUACUCGUUUCCCCACUUCCUCUCAAGUGUUCCCAAGCUCUGUUUUCGACAGACGUGUUCGGAUUCCGCUCUGGGACGUUGUCAUGAUCGGUUGUGUUUUUGUUCUUAUACGUAAAUCUGUGUUACUUUUUCUGCGCAAUCUAAAAGCGCAACGUUUUGUUCAUAAUAUAACUGUUGGUUUUGUAUCCAUUCACAUCGAAGUACAUUUUACACAAAAUUAAAAAUUACUUUGACAUUUUAUAUUAAAAUAAAUCAGUUCUUUAAACAUUUCUCAAAAGUUUAAUCUUUUCUAUAGCUCGAGAAAUGUGCUAUCACGUGCCAACCUAACCUAAAAUCUUUUCAUCUCUAACUAUACCGUUGCGUUUAAUCACUUUGAAAAUUCCAUUUAUGAAUCUUCGAUGCUGUGGUGGGCAGUGGAAUUUGUUUCGUUUUAUUGAUUAAAUCGGCGUGGAAUACAUCCAGGAAUAUAAGGAUCAGGAAACCUAACCUCAAAAUUUGAGUGCUCUAUUUCCUUCAAUUCAUCAGGAGUUCAUUUGUGAUCGUAACAACAAUGCAGCUUGUCCACUAUAAUUAGAUUAAAGUAGAAUUUUUCUAUGAUCUACAAAUUCUCAAGAUCUCACUCAAUGAAUGAACAUCUCUCGAAUCACCAAGGGGAGUUGCCGUCAUCUCAAUCUACUGUUUGUGAAGAUGAUCAACAGAAUAAUUCAGUUACUUCGGAACUUGAGAUUCAACAUCUGUCGGGUGGGGGUGCUCUGAAACCGGGCCCUGAUUUUCUUACUGGUGGCUCCUCAUUCUCUAAUGCAGGCCUCCGCGGGGGCAAUAUGCCCACGCCAAUGGUUCCUUUAGGUGCUAAGAGGAAGAGGAAUAAUCUCCAGGGGUCCUACGAUUCAAACUCUGCAAAUACUUCCGCAGGUUCAUUUGAUUAUGUGCCUAAGCGAGCAAAUGAAGCUCCCCAAUCUGAACCGCAGACCACGAGCUCGAAUCUUCUUUCUGAUUUAGGGGAUGAUGUUCCGGACAAUUUUAUCCCUCCUGGACCUGUCUUGUGGGAUCAGGAGGAUUUAGAGUGGCAUAGUGAUUCGGUCACUCCUUUUUACAAUGAUUUUAGUCCUUCGCCUUAUUUAGUUCUCAUGGAAAGUACUCGUAGGGGUAUGAACGUUGGUAAACUGGAUCCUGUUAGUGUUAUAGAUUGGCAAAGUGCCAAUGCUCUUGUGACUUCUAAGGACCUUAUUCUUGCUGGUUUCAAAGUUUUUAUUCCGGAAUCUUUCCUCAGAAAGAAGGGAUUCACUACCGUCUUCCCUUCUUCUAGGUCUAUUAGAGACAUUAUCAGAAUAUGUGAGGUUAAUGAUCUGGCGAAUAUUACUAAUAUUAAGAGGCUGGUAGACGAUCGCAACAACAUUUUAGAUCGUGUCGAAUUUACCUUUAAUGGUCCUACGGUUCCUAGAAACAUUCAAUUAGGCGGUUUUACGAUCCAAAUUACUCCAAUCAUUCAACGCCCUCGUAGAUGUUAUCGUUGUCAAAGAUUUUGUCAUGUGGCAAAUCAGUGCAGAUCAGCAUAUCCUUCUUGUGAAUUCUGCGCUGGUCAACAUCUUACCAAUGUUUGUCCUAAUGGUCACCUCUCUCCUUUGUGCAAAAAUUGUAAACGGAAUCACAUCGCUUCAUCUACUAAGUGUACAAUAUUUAAGAUGGAAUUCGGGAUACGUAAGCAUCGUUAUACCUCCAAUUGUAAUAGAGAUGAGGCCAAAUUAGCCUUUUAUGCCGAAAAUCCAGACCUGGUAAAUAAUCUGCAAUCAAGGGAUGAAAUUUCCCCAUCUCCGCAUAAUUCGCGGGGAAAUCAACAGUUGCCGUUCUCCACGCAGGAAACAGGAACUUCUACUCCUUUAAAUGUUUCCUAUCAAAAUAAACCUCGCGCUCCUGAUCGUAUGAUUGAAAUUUCCAUGGCGCUUCAUGAUCAACAAAUCACUGACAGGCUACAGGUUGUAAAUGCUCUGAUUGAUCUUAACCAAUCACAUUCUGCAAUUAUUUCUGCUCUGCAGGACAACUUGUCUGUCUGUACUCGUAAUGAUCUUGGUCACGCUACGGAUGAGGUUGAUGGAAAUGGAUCCUAGGAAGGAUUUUUCAAUGUUAGUGGAAUUGAACUUUACUUAAUUAUUUAUCUUAUAAGUUAAAAAAAGAGAAGGAAAAAGGAAAAAAAAAUUUUCUUUUUUUCGUUUUUGUUGCUCAUUUUAGUUCUAAUUAUUUUGGCUCAAACCUGAGUCUGACUGAUUUAUAUUUUAAUCAGCAUAUAUAGCCCGAUUCCUUGUAGAUUGCAAUUCAAAGGCAAUUGCUUUUGUAACAACGAUCAAAUUUGAUAUUCGCUUAGGCUUUAAUUUUGAAAUCGGUAUCGUUUGAAGGAGGGCUUUGGAUUUGUUUAUUAUCCUGCCUUGCUCUUUCUAUUACAUUGUUAUUCUUAAUUUUAAUUAUUAAUAUUUUUGUUUCCAAUUCUUA